AUGCCUUACCUAACAUAUCACGAUGCUGAUAUUGACGAGGAGGCGGUCUUAUUGUUCAAUGACGGAUGUUGGCUUAAUGACAAGUGCAUCGAUCUAUACUUGGAGUCGGUAAUUUAUGUUCCUUCGUUGCCGACAGAACGUAUACUUAUUUUAUUUGAUUUGCCCCAUCAAAGGUAUCUCACGCAUACGGUUACCCCUGAAGCACCACAAUUCAACUCUGCCUCGAUAGUAUUAGCGGUUAUAAACAAUAACCCAGACACGACUGUCGCUCAAGGAGGUACUCAUUGGUCUUUGAUGAUUUAUGUCAGGGACACGAAUACGUGCUUUCAUUAUGAUAGCGCAUCUGGGAUGAAUACUGGAGUGGCGAAGAAGGUUGCCAAGAGACUGUUUGGUGUAGAAAGAGUCUUUAAUAAGGAGGCGCCGCAACAACGAGACGAACACAUCUAUCGAAAGCUGGUCAAAUAUGAGGAAGAAUCGAAGUUUUCCCCUAGCAACGGGGAGGAACCAAAGUACCAGAAAGAACUGUUUGAAGUCGAAUUUGAUGAGAUUCCAGGUGGAGAUGCGAUGAGAAGAAAGUGUAAAGAAAUUAUUGCAGUGCUUAAAAGGGAGUACGAUAUUGGUAAAGGAAAGUUGACUGGUGGACGGUUGAAAGGAUCAUGA